AUGACCAUCAAUGAUCAUCAACGCCUUGCCGACGACAGCCCUGUCGCCCUCCUCCAGUGCCAGCCCAUAAACAGCCUCGAUCCUCAAAAUUUUAUAAACGAGUCGAUUAUCGAGAUCUUGGAUGUGGCGACGGACGCCGAGACAAGGGACGUGUUCCUCGUCACGGAGCUCGUCGCCGACGGCCGCACCCUCCGCGAGUCGCUCUGGAGGCCUGUAUCCGAGGACGUGACGCGCGUGAUGAUGGAGCAGCUCCUGGACGCUGCAAAGAACAUACAUGGAGCCGGCGUCAUCCACCGGGACUUCAAGCCGGAGAACGUCAUGGUCGGCUUCUUCGGCGGGCUCAAGGUUGGUGACUUUGGGUCGGCGAUGCGGGCGAAGCCGGCCGGAGUGCCCUAUGAGGAGUGCUGUGUCGGCACCCUGAUCUACACCUCACCGGAGCAGCUGGAAGGCAACCGGUACUACGGCCAGGCCGUGGACAUGUGGGCGCUUGGGUGCAUCAUGGCGGAGAUGUUGGCCGGCGCGACCCUCUUCGUGGCGGACACAGAGGAGGAGCUGCUCGCCGAGAUUUACAAGUUGCGAGAUCAGAUCACUUCUACGGGGAAGCUCGACCUGGAGUUCUUCGAGGAGCUUUCGGAAGCCGGGCGUGACGUCCUCACCGGCCUGCUUGCCUUCAACCCCGCCGAGAGGAUCACGGCGGCGGAAGCGCUCGAGCACCGGUGGUUCAGCAAGCCCAAAGGAGCAGAGCACCCUGGCUUUGUGUCGCUGAAGAGUUAAUUAGCUUGAUGUAGCAUCUGAUAGAUGCAGUGCCACUGGUUAAUUAUUUCAUUGCAGUGCCACUGACUUAGCUUAACUGCUGUGUUACUGUGUAAUCAGUUGCACGAAUCUUAGUUAUGUGUUCCUGUUCAUGUAAUUAUUUGAC